AUGAUCAAGGAAGAAUUCCACCUGUGUAAUGAAAUAAAGACACCAAAUUGUGGUUUAAUUUUAAGGCCAUUUCUAUUAAAGUUUUUCAAGCAAACUUUGUAAUUGUCAAUAUCUAAUAAUAAAUUUUUAUAAUUUGGACAAAUUAUUAAGGUUGUUAUAUGA